GCGUCACGUGGAAACGUGUGGAGGACGUCUCUUUCGGUUACAUACAGGACAGCUGAGACAAAAGUGAGCAGUCUGGUCUGUCUUGAGGUGUUCCUGAGGUGCUGUAGCUGCUGUAAACUCCUUAAAGUCAGAAAGAUGUCGGCCGUGUGUGUUGCCUUGAGUCGAAAUGUUUUGGCUGUCAGGAAUGCUGGCUCCAUGGUGAUGGUGCGGUAUGCUCAGACUGCAGCUGCCACCGCUCCAGAGCCCAGGAUCAAAAAGUUCCAGAUCUACCGUUGGGACCCUGAUAGCGCCGGAGACAAACCCAGAAUGCAGACUUAUGAAAUUGACCUCAAUGCCUGUGGUCCAAUGGUUCUGGAUGCUCUCAUUAAGAUCAAGAAUGAGAUGGACCCAACGCUUACAUUCAGACGCUCCUGCAGAGAGGGUAUCUGCGGCUCAUGUGCAAUGAACAUCAACGGAGGAAACACCCUGGCAUGUCUGAACAAAAUUGACACCAACACUAGCAAACCAACUAAAAUCUACCCGCUGCCUCACAUGUAUGUGGUGAAGGAUCUGGUGCCUGAUAUGAGCAACUUCUACGCACAGUACAAAUCUAUCGAGCCCUACCUGAAAAAGAAGGAUGGAGCACAAGAAGGGAAGACGCAGUAUUUCCAGUCGGUGGAGGACAGACAGAAGCUGGACGGCCUGUACGAGUGCAUCCUCUGUGCAUGCUGCAGCACCAGCUGUCCCAGCUACUGGUGGAACGGAGACAAAUACCUGGGACCUGCUGUCCUCAUGCAGGCGUACAGGUGGAUGAUUGACUCCCGUGAUGAAUUCACUGAAGAGCGUCUGUCAAAGCUUCAGGAUCCCUUCUCUCUCUACCGCUGCCACACCAUCAUGAACUGCACCAAGACCUGCCCUAAGGGACUGAAUCCAGGAAAGGCCAUCGCAGAGAUCAAGAAAAUGAUGGCGACGUACAAAGAGAAGAAAGCUGCAGCUUCAUGAACAUCUGAAAACCCAGCUCGUUCCAGAUCCGCUUCUAAUAUCACGAACUGAGUAAAGGGGAGAGAAGAGCCAACCAGGAUCUUCUUUCCUCAACUGGCACCUUUUUAUAAUUUUCAUGAGAGUGUGAGUGAAGAGUGUGGAUGAGUGAGAGUGGGAUUGUGUAAGAGAGCAGGAGAUAUGAGAGUGGGUAAGAAGAGGGUGAUGGAAAGAACAGUUAAGAUCUCUAGUUUGAACUCAACAUAUCGGACCAUGUUUCUGCUGUUCGUCUGCACAGUGACGAUACCAGGCUCUACUGUAUUUACUCUUUGGGGAAACCCUCUUGACUUUGUGUUCAUUCUGUAAAUAUUUAAAUAUGUGUUCAUUAAAAAUGUGCUGUGCUCAUCGAGGAAAUAUUCUACAUGUUUUUGGGAGGAAAUAUAACUUUUUUGAUGUCAUUGGGUAUUUAAGCUGCAAAAACGCUAAUGAAGGAAACAUUUUGAGUUGCAUAACAGCUUUGCUCAAAAUAAAAAGCUUGCUAUGACAAA